AGGAACCAAAUCGAUGGCCUGCGGCACAUCGCCUACCAGAAGACAGGUCAGCUCUACGAAGGACACACAAUCGACGAUCUCACGAUACCCGGGUCGACAACACUCGGUCUCCACGCGUGGCACGAACAAGGGACAAUUUCUGGACGCGGUAUUUUGAUUGAUUGCUGGGGAUAUGUAGAGCGGAAUGGAAAGAGUUAUGAUCCCGCGCAGGGGGGUUGGGGUUACAUACGAAGGGCUGAUGGAGUGUCUUGCGGAGCAGGAAAGAUUAUCAGGACACUCGAUUGAGCUGCAAAAGGGGGAUAUACUCUUAAUUCGGUCGGGAUACACUAAGAGAUACCUGGAGUCGUCUGACAAAGAUCAGCGAGGAAUGGCACAUCGGUAUCCCCCUGUGGCGUGCGGAAUAAACCAGGAUAUUCGAAUACUGUGGUUUCUCUGGGAUAAGCAGGUUGCUGUCUUUUACCAUAAAGUGCUGCUGGCUGGAUGGGGAUGUUCGAUUGAGGAGUUGCUUUGGUUGGAGGAUUUGGCUCGUGAAUGCGCGAAGCAAAAGAGGUGGUCGUUUUUUAUCGUAUCCGUACCAUUGCAUGUUCCUGGUGGUGUUGCUAGUCCGGCCAACAUGACUGCUAUUCUAUAAUAUGUAGGGGCUUAAACAUUUUAG